UGUAACCACGCUACAGCUGGAAAUACCUCCUCCUUCUCCCUCGUCCAUUUCUGGAUGGCCCUCGAAAUACCACGGCACCAUACACUGCAGUGACUGCACUCGCUCAGGGCCGUCCUACCCGAUCUUGGGGGACCACGAGCUGAAGCCAAACGGGGAACGCAAGGGGGGGCGGUUCCAAGAACUCAGACGAUACCAAUUCCGGCCAUGCAGGGCCAAAACAGCCCAAACAAUUUACGGUCCGUGAGCUCUGCCUUCGACGAUGAUGAUGCUCAUCUCCCUCCCACUUAUCAUGGGCCCCCCGAUGAAAUUAGAUUGACAUCAUCAUGGACAAGUUUGAUGGACAAUGGUCCCAUACCAAUGAUCCCGCCUGUCCGGCACUCGUUCCUCAUCACCGUCUUCUUCUUCUUCUGACAUCGUCGUUCGUGAUGUUUCCGGGGGAGACGAAAGGAGGGCCGGCCCAGGUUUGAUGAUGAAGGCGGAAUUGAGUGUCAGGGACAACCACGAUUCGAGUAAUGCACACCCACCGACAACACAUGGAGACGGGAUUGCAUCUCAUGUCGACCAACCCAUAACUUAUCGUUAUGUCAUCGGGAUUAACAUUAACUAUGCUCGGCCCAUCAUUCGUUAUCAA